AUGGAAAAAUACCACGGGCUGGCCGAUCAGAUCACGGGGAGAUGUCCAUUUGACGAGCGUGUCCCUGCAACCUCUGAUUGGGGGAUGCUUGAGAGAUCCUGGGCCUUCCUUAGAGCUUACCUUCUGGCGCCCCUUUUGAUUACAGUAAGAGCUCCUCUUACUGUUCAAGUUCUUUUCCUGUGGUACCUAUCAGCUGUCAUUGUAAGGAUGAGGUGUAUAAACACGUACUUUGCUCGACUGCUGCUUAUCCUGAACGGCUUCUAUCGUGUGCCAGCAUUCAAGUCCACAAAGACUAACCGUGCCCAACAGGUCUUUGCAGAAAAGUAUUCUUUGUUGUUUGGUAAUCUUACUACCCCGACAGACCUACUCAUAUACAUUUAUCAUCUCUCUCCAACGUACGUGCAUGUUCCCUGGUAUACAUCAGAAGACAGAGGAGGCCUGACUCAUAGGAUUGAGACACCGGUCAAGGCAUUUAUUCUUCUAUGCAUCUAUGAUCAGCGUUGCAGAAAUGUCAAAGAACCACCUAACGUCAGUUCCAUAGACUUUUCAUCGGCAGCCACAAUUGAUAGCUUCAAGCGUAUUCUCAGCAGACUAGAAAAACUAGGAGAAGAUGCAUCUGUUCUCUUCUUCCCGGAGUGCUCUCCAACAAACGGCCGAGUAGUCUUGAAGCCAGCAUUGAAUCUCCAGCUGUUUAACGAGUCACGCCUCUCUAAUAAGAAGGCUGCAUGUGUCAGUGUGAGCAAUACUUGGAAAUACCGAUCAGUUAUCCAUCCAUUUCCCGAUAUCAUCUCGUCAAUUCUUGAUCUAGGGGAGCCAAUUAGACGAUCCAAGCUAUACGUUAUACCACUAGCAACGACUACACCACUCACUGACGAUAGGCUCAUGGAAGGAAUUAGUCUAGUCUCUAACGCACCAUGUGGCGGGACUACUGCCCUGAAUCGAAUGCUCUUCUUUAAAAAAGUUACAGAGCACAAGCAGAAAGUCGCGGCCAUACACAGUGAAUAA